AUCAGGAACGCCGGAAGGGAAUUUCCAAUCGUAUUCACAGGAGCGGCCAUGAGAACCCUGGCAGCAGCACUGACAGUAGCGUUGGCGACACUGACCCUGUCGGCUUCGGCUUCGGCUUCGAAUCUGAUCAAUAACGGGUACGAAGAUUUGGUGGUGGCCAUUUCUCCCUCCGUGGAUGAGUCGAACGCAGAGGCCAUCAUCUCGUCUAUUAAGAAAACGAUCAGCGAGACUUCCUCCGUGCUGUUUAAAGCUUCCCGCCAAAGAGCGUUCUUUAGAGACGUGAAAAUUCUCCUGCCGAAAACAUGGACCAACACGUCCUACGAUGAAGCGGCUCUGAACGAAAAUUUCGAGGACAGCGAGAUCCGAGUAGACGCGAGGAAUGUGGUUUACGGUGACCAACCCUACACGGACCAGCCAGGGGGUUGUGGUGUUCCCGGCCGGUACAUCCACCUCACACCGGAGUACCUCACUGACGACGCCCAGGCAGCUUGGUGGGGCCCCCGCAACAAGACUCUGGUACACGAAUGGGCCAAACUGAGAUGGGGAGUGUUUGAUGAGAUCGGUUACCCUCACGACCCGACCUUCCCGCUCUUCUACUGGAACACACAAAUCACGGCUGACGGAAUAGAGGACGUGGUCAUUCCGAACUACUGCGCCAACCAUGACCUGACGGGAGAGUUGAUGGACAUUGUGAGUCGGGGACAGUGUAGUUUCAAGAGUGGAUUCCCCGACGAGAACUGCCGCUUCCUACCGAGUGCCAAUCAAGAUGCCACGUCUUCUCUUAUGGCCUAUUACUACAUCAACAGCAUCGUAGAAUUCUGCGACACAGCGACCGAUGAGCAAUUCUCCCACAACAGCUUGGCUCCAAACAGGCACAAUCUCAUGUGUAACAGCCGCUCGGUGUGGGAUGUUGUCAAUCUGCAUUCAGACUUUGCUAACGGAGCGAACCCUCCCAUCGCCGCCCUCACGCCCACGAGGAUCACCGUGCUGCGCCAGGAGGAGGCCAAGUUCUGCCUGGUCCUUGAUUACUCGCUCAGCAUGGAAGACUCCCAGCGUGUCGUGAAGUUGCAGAGGACGGCGCAGAGGUGGAUUCUGCACGAGGUGGCGCAGGGAAGUUCUGUGGGCAUCGUGAAGUUCUGGGGAACAGCCACAGUGACCGCCGACUUAACCGAGAUCACAGACCAAGCAUCUCGCCAAAAUCUAGCAAAUCUCAUCGACAGGAAGCUCGGCAGCUCCACCAGCAUCGGCGCCGGACUUUCACUCGCUGUCAAUAAUGUUUUGGUUGGGCAAAAGAACCCCGUGAUCGUCUUGGUUACUGACGGUGAAGAGAACAAGUCGCCUUACAUUUCUGAUGUGAAGGACAAAGUGAUCGAUUCGGGUGCAAGAGUAGUGACUAUUGCUUUCGGAGACAAAGCGGACCCUAACCUGGAGAGCUUGGCUGAGGCGACGGGAGGCAAGACCUUUACCGUCGUCGAUACUGAUGACGGAGGGAUGCUCGAUGACGCCUUCCUUGGGGCUCUCACGUACCAGCCGGGAGAUAAGCUCACUGAUAUGAAAGUCCAGAUCUACGAGUACGAAUACGAAGGGAAGCUAACGCAGCUCAACGAAACCUUCUUCGUGGACGCCUCCGUCGGCCGCGACCUGGAGUUCCGCCUCGACACCAACGACGUCAACUACGUCACUUCGGCCCCCGUCCUCGCUCGGCCCAACGGCACCCAGAUCGGCGCCACGAGCUUCGACAGCGGGAUCAACAUGUGGAUCAUAAGCGUGCCGCUGGCGGAGGAAGGAGAAUGGGCGUGGAUCGCAGGCUUGUCGGGGGGCAGCAACAAGUACGUCCGCGUGGGGGUCACAGCAAAGGCGAGAGACCCGGAGACAAUGCCCAUCUACACUCGAUCCUGGCUGAGUGACACGGAGGAUGUGGAUGCUACUGUUAACCCCAUCAUUGUUUAUGCCGAAGUGAAGCAGGGCAAUAACCCGGUUGUCGGUGCUCGCGUGAGGGCGUCCGUAACACAACCCUACACAACUGCAGAGGCCGUCGAACUGGACCUCCUGGACAAUGGUCAAGGUGCUGAUACCCAGGCAGGCGAUGGCGUUUACUCACGAUACCUCACUGUUUACUCCACCACGGGGAGGUAUGCGGUCAAGGCACAGGUGUGGGACGACGGCAGCGCCCUCGUCAACAACGGCUUCACGACUUCACGCAAGAGGCAUCCACGCUCGCUCCCGGCUUUCCCUCUGGACACGCCGACUUACUGCUGCGGAAGCGUUGUGCCGGUGGACCCCGAGUUGGCAACGCCCACGGGGAACUUCACCCGAUCAGCCAGUGGCGGCUCCUUCAGGGCGACAGCGGUGCCAUCAGGUGACGUUUUACCGCCGUCGCGCGUCACUGACCUGCAGACCGAAAUGAAAUCACCCAUUCUCACUCUCACGUGGACUGCUACGGGAGACGACUACGAUUACGGUAUAGUGUCUGGUUACGAGAUUCGCCUCAGCGCCAACCGAAGUCAGCUCCUUGAGGACACCUUCGACAGCGCCGAGAACGAGACCCUUCUGCUGUCCCUCGAGGAAUCUAUGACCAAGCCGGAGUUGCUCCUCGAAGCCGGAGAGAAGGUGGAGCUUAACUUCACGAUCGGAGAUAAGAUGGAGAUGGAUAAGUUUUAUUUCGUGGCGCUCAGGGCUGUGGACGACGGGGGUAGCGUGAGCCUCGUCUCGAACCUCGCAGCCGCCUUGUCUAGUAGCCCCCCUUCGGAACCUGAGGGUCUGGCAGGCUGGGCCAUCGCUCUUAUCGUCAUCGGCUGUCUGGCGGCGGUGGCGGCCAUCGUCGGAGGGGUGUUCUAUGCCAAGAAGAAGGAUUUGUUCUAAUGCAUGGGGAUGUUCUUAGAGGGAAGAAAGAAAGGGAUUUGGAAACAUCUCGGUUAAAGAAAUCGUCUGCGAGUCGGUUUUGUUUGGUUGUUGAAUGUUUCGAGGCAAUACUGUAUAUGUGUAUCCGCAUUUUAUUCAAGAACAUUGCGUUACAUAUUUCAAAAUUAUCCAUUUGUAUUACAAAAAAAAACAUCUCAUUGCUCUUUAUGAUAAUAUAAAUUCAUAAAAA